UAUAUAGCCAAAACCAUUGAAAGGAUAGUAUUAUAUCUGCACAAUUACCAAACAGAGAUUCAAACCUUGAAGCAGCAAGGAUUUACCGUAAUAGGAUAUGCUAGAAAGUCGAAGAGUGGUGAAGAUAUUGAAACCAGAACCAGGUUGCUGAAUCUCAUGUGUAAGCGGCUAAAGGAGAAAUCAUUAGUUGAUCAUGUUUUCGUAUCAUAUAUCUCUCAAGCUAACGACCAGUUGGCAACAAGAGAUUUACAACAAAUGAGCGAAAUAUAUAAAGGUUUACAUGCUGAAGAAAGCACUCAGGACAUGAUGAGAUUUAUCACAAACACUGCGAAAGUAUGUUUAGUCGUAUUGGAUUACGCUGGUUUGACAACAAACAGCAAUGAUUUGUAUGACUUUCUGAAGUAA